AUGUCCUCGGCCGCCUCCAACCCGCGCCGCCGUCCGGCCAGGUCCAACAAACCUGACAUGACUCCCUCGCUCAUCGAUUCCUUCCAGAACAUGUCCAUCCGCAAAGGUGACACCUUUCACCCCAAUUCGAACACCAACAAGAGCAGCUUCUGGGACCCGCUUGAGUCAACGUCCAAGUCACCAUCUAUGCCCGCGCGCUCCACCACCUCUCCCCAGUCGUUGGAGGAUCUACUGAUUGGUGCGGGGGAGCGUCGUGUGGCCCAGUUGCUCAACAAGGUGGACAAGGCCAUCGCCACCAAGUCUACCGUCGCAUUGGGAAACGUGCUGAGCGAGCCCGAAGUCCUGCCAGUGCCUACCUUCAUGGUCGAUCGCGCAACUGUGCGUGGUCAGUCCCAGAGGACUCGCACCCGUCAUCACAGCCAUUCCUCUGACAGUGGCAUUGGGACGUCUGUCGCCGAUUCCACCGAAUCAGCGUCCGACUCAACGGCCAAGGGUUCUGUCCGCACCGUCUGCUCUGCGCCCUCUGCAGUCAAUCAUCAGUCAUUCUCCGGCAUCUCUGAUGCUGUAGAAGAGGAACGUGGACUGAGCAAGUACGCCGCCGACCAGAUCCACAAGCACAUAAUCAAGCCUAUCCUGCAUGAAGACUCUCUCCGGGAGUUCCACGACCUCAUCAAGAGUGUCCCGUCUCGCAUUGGCGAUAAGGAGAUCAAGAAUCUUCGUGACCUCGAAAAGACACUAAUCUUCCUUGCACCGGACUAUUCGCGUUCUCCUCGAAAAUACCUUAAUUUCUGCGAACGAACGAUACGCGUCCUCCAUACCACGGUUACGACACUUCACGAGUCCGACCAGCGAGCGCCGACAGAUCGACCGUAUACGCAAGGCUACUUUUUGGAUUUGGUUGAGCAGGUUCGUCUUGGGUUACUGUCGCCUGAGAGCGCCGCAGUGGUGAUUAACAUUGCUAUACAGAUUCGCCGAUACGCCAUGAUCCUGGCUGCUACCAGGGAGAAGCAAGCCAAGGGCGAAAGUUCCGACGCUAUGGAUGUCACAAAGGACGAGCGUGUCUCACUCCAUGGGGGCGUGACUCACAACGGAAAGCCAGCUGAGCUUGUUCGUCAUCUGCCGGACGGAAAGGUUAUAUCAGUGGCCACGGGCCAACCCAUCUCAGAGGAGGAGCUUGCAUCUGCUGGCAUGAAUGGCAAGCGUCCUGCCACCGAUGUCGACGAUGAAGAGGUUCUGCGGUCGAUGGCACGCCGUAAGAAGAACGCAAAGCCAGAGAUCCAUACUUGCGAGAUCUGCACCAAGGAGUUCAAGCGUCCUUGUGACCUUACAAAGCACAUCAAGACCCAUGAGCGACCAUGGAAGUGCUCGGAACCUGACUGCAAGUACCAUGAGUACGGCUGGCCCACCGAGAAGGAGCGCGACCGUCACGUCAACGACAAGCACUCCUCUACGCCAUCGUUGUACCACUGCCUAUUCACACCAUGCCCAUACACCAGCAAGCGUGAGAGCAAUUGCAAGCAGCACAUGGAGAAGGCACAUGGUUGGAACUACGUCCGAUCGAAGAGCAACGGUAAAGGCCGGGCAUCAAAUGUUAUGCGCCUCCAUCAAGGCUCGAUGCCUCCUUCACCGUCAUCGACGAUGCUUACACCUUUGACUCCCAUCGCACCCUCUCCAUUAAACCAGACAUGGUCAGAAUCAUCGCGUCAGGGCUCGAUGGCGCCUCCCCCGAUCGCUGGACCAAGCAAUUAUGGCACGCCGGCUUACGGUACUCCAGCCUUAAGUCAGCCUUCACCGGACUUUGCUGGACACUUCAACAUGAACAUGAACUUCGACUUUAACGACAUGCAGAACUUCCCAACGUCGGCAUUCCCGAUCACGCCAGCCAUGAGUGAGGAGCGCCGUGCUUCUGGCUCACUGUCAUCACAUUCUGCCAUGUUCGAUGGCAGUUCGUUCGAUGACGCGUCGCCGUUCGAGUACGCGAUGGAGAACUACGAUUUCAGCAACUUCACCUUCCCGCCAUCAUUUACACCGAAUACGAACGCAGGCGGCGUAAGCACUGGCGCUGCUAUGCCUCAAGUCUCGCCGGGAGCACAUAUGGACCAGACGUUCACCAACGACGCCGUGAACCUUGACGAGGACUACGGUUACGGCGGUGCUGUCAGCGGACCAUCUAGCGACUUCACGCUAUUCGGUCCUACCGCCCCAGCAGCCACCAGUGGCGACAUGUUCCCGUCACUACCUACAGAGUCUAGCUGGGGUAACAUCAAUAUCGAGGCCAUGGGCAACAACUUCGGUUCCCAUUUCGAUGUCAACGGUGCUCCAGCGCUGACGAAUGGCGAUAGCACACUCGAGGAGCUUUUCCCAGAGCUGAAGAAAGCACCUUGA